CGGAGGAGCAGGUCCGCGUGCGGCGGCGCACCCUAGAGGCGGUGCUCGAGCAGUGCCAGAGAACGCUCGAGAUGCUUAAGAAUGCCGAUCUCGAACCCGAUCCCGAUGCGGGAGAAGAGAUUGGGAGCAAGGGUUCGGCGGGGGAAGAGGAGGAGGAGGAAGAAGAGGAAGAGGAGGUGCGAUCGCGUACCCCAAGCUCCGUUGAUUACGAAACCGACGAGCUAUGUGAACUUCUGAAGUCUAGAGUGGAGUCACGAAAUUUUUUAGAAAAAGUUGGGAGUAUUCACAUGUCCAUGUCGCAAGACUGUCAUGGUAUAGAUGGGGAAGCAAAUGGAAAUUCAUCCUGGGAUAUGAUCACUGCUAAAGAUUUAUGGGGAGCUAAGGAUGUUGGCGGAGAGAGUGAAUCAGAGUCAGAUGAUUAUGUUCUUGUUUGUGAAGAGGACAUUGUUGAUGGUCUAGCUUGUUUCAUGGCUGCAUACCUGCUAUCGCUUAAACAGACAAAGGAAUUAACUCCUGAUCAACUUCAAGAAGCUCUUAGAAAAACAUUCUCUGCAAAGAAGAAGAGUAGGCUUCAAAAGGCAUGGGAUAGCAGCAAAGUGAUUUACAAUCUAGCUUCUUGGAGUGCAACUGCCAUAGGAAUGUACCAAAAUCCAGCUAUUUUUAGGGCGGCCUCUGUGGCCUUGUGGUCAUCGUGCCGUGCUAUUUCAAAAUUGCUUUGAAGAAGGUGGCUGCUUAUUUCAGAUACAAAUCUCAGAGAAAACUGGUGUUUCAGCAUAUUGCGAGGCUCUCGAUAUAGUGGAAGAAUGAGAAUCAGAGUUUCGGCGAUAUUAAGUGGAUCCAGAAUCAGAUAAGUCUAUCUGCAAAUAUAUCCUGGCUAGUGAAAAAUCACUACCAUUAUUUGCAUUUGAAUGUAUAUAGUAUAUUGAUUGCCCAUAGAAUGUUAUAUGUAUUGGUGUGGCCUGUGUUGUAUAUAUCCCCAAACUGCUCAUCAUGGUGUGACCCUGUUUGCCACCUGGUAAGUGGAAUCAUAUGGUAUGCUAAGAUUUAUUUUCAUAUUUGCUA